CCAUCGUCUACGGCGUUACGGGGGUCAGUUAAUUAAUCCUCUCUUUUUUUUGUUGUUCCCCUUCUUUCUUCUCCCGAUUCCGGUGUCCGUUUCCCCUCGUCGUCCUCGAUCGCCCCUCAAUUCCAAGUUCUAGGGUUCCGAUCCCAGCCCAAUCGAUCGAAUCUCCGCUAUGGGGAAGGGUUGCAAGUCGGCGUCGCACCAGCUGUUCAAGGACAAGGCCCGCAACCGGGUGGAUGACCUCCAGGAGAAGUUCACCGACCUCCAAUCGGCCCUCAAGGAGAGCCGCGCCGCCGAUGUCGCCGUUCUCGAGGAACAGGUCCACCAGAUGCUCCGCGAGUGGAAGGCUGAGCUCAAUCAGGCUUCGCCUGCCACUUCCCUCCAAGGGCAUACCCCGGACACUUCGGAUCUGUUCUCCGAGACCCUGCGGCUGUUGCAGCUGAGGGAGGAGGAGGACGAUGCGACGAGCAAGCUAGCCGAGUUGGCGUUCGUGAACGCGCCCAAGCCGGAACAGGUGGAGCUGCAGCAAACUGAUGGUGUAGUCGUGCAAGGUGAUGGACAACCCGCUACUUUCUUUCAAGAGGAGUACUACGUGCAUCAGGAAGUAGCUGGGCAGGACUACCUUUAUGCUGGUCAUUAUGAAGGCAACCUCCCUACUGGUCAACAGGAUGCUGCUGUCACUUGCCUGCAAGAGACUAAUCACUUUGAUUAUCAGCAAUACAAUUUGCAUCAGGAAAUUCCCCAUGAGCUUUAUGUUAACAUGAAUUCUACUGAGCAAAAUGGUCCAGAUGUAUUUCCCCAUAUGUCAGAUGUGCUGCCAACUAUAUGCCUCCCACCAUCUGCAUUUUUGAGGCCAAAGUGUGCCCUUUGGGAUUGUCCAAGACCCGCUCAGGGUUCUGAAUGGUGCCAAGAUUACUGUAGUAGCUUCCAUGCAACUCUAGCAAUUAAUGAAGGUCCACCUGGUAUGACACCAGUGCUACGCCCUGGUGGCAUUGAUUUAAAAGAUGGCCCACUUUUGUCAGCUCUAAGUGCUAAGAUACUCGGCAAAAAUGUUGGGAUUCCAGUUUGUGAAGGUGCUGCAACUGCAAAGUCUCCAUGGAAUGCUCCAGAGCUAUUCGAUCUGUGUGUCCUUGAAGGUGAAUCACUUAGAGAAUGGCUUUUCUUUGACAAGCCAAGAAGGGCAUUUGAGAGUGGAAAUAGAAAGCAAAGGUCUUUACCAGAUUACAAUGGCCGUGGUUGGCAUGAAUCUAGAAAGCAAAUCAUGAAAGAGUUUGGGGGUUUAAAAAGGUCCUACUAUAUGGAUCCACAGCCACUCACUCACUAUGAGUGGCACAUGUACGAGUAUGAGAUCAAUGAUUGUGAGGCCUUUGCAUUGUACAGACUAGAAUUCAAACUUGUUGAUCCAAAGAAAGGCUCCAAAGCAAAGUUGACUGGUAACUCACUUGUGGAUCUGCAGCAACAGAUGGGAAGACUCAAAGCAGAUAACAUUGUGGAUCAUAAGAAGAAUUCUAAGAGUAGGACGAAAGCAAAUCAGAAAGAUAUGCCUGAAAAUUUAUAUAAACCAUCAGUAGUUAUCGAUCAAAAGGAAAAUGCUCCAAGCACCAUGCAUGCUCCCAACCAGAUGGUUUCUCUGGACGAGAACACUUCUUAUGGGCCUAAUCUCCAAUAUGCUUAUACUACUGAAAGCUUAAAUGAUGGUUAUGGAACGUAAGGGAAUAUUACCAACCCUUUGAGCUACUAAAUCAAUCUUGUUACUAGUAUGGAUUUGUUUUGCCUCAAGCGACUACAUACAGCCUCGUGCUGCUUAUGCAACUGAAAUGUUGCAUUUUCCUGACUCGGUUUUUGGUAAAGGCCGUAAUGAGGCUGUUAGACAUGUUAAAGCUGAGCAGCCUUCUUGUCUUUGGAAACUUGACUAUUGACAUGUCACCUACUUAUUCUAUGUAAAUUUUCUCGACAAUAGCUUCUGUUUAUUCCUGAUUUCUGAAUGUAUCCGAUUACUUGAAGGCCAGUGCACUGGAAUGAUAGGUGCCAAGUCACAACUUACAUGGGUCUAUGACUCUCUUAUGGAGUGUCAAGGUAGAUCAAGAACAUGACUUGGUUGUUGCUUCUUGG